AUGAAUAUUGAUCUUAUUGUUACAACAGUUGCAAAAGCCAUCACUUCUGUAUUUGAUAAGGGGAAAAGAAGGAAAGAGCUGUUGGCAUUAUCUUCAGAUUCAAGUAGCUCAAGUAGUAAGAAUAAAAAAGAAAAUAGAGGAAGAUUAGUUAGAAGGAGAGAUAGUAAGAAAAGUAAGGUGGGCAGUAGGAACUAUAGUAAUAACGUAAAUCAGUUAGUAGAAGUAAAAGUAAAAGUUUUAGCAGGUCUAGCAGCAGUAGUAGCAGCUCAAAACAAAAUUAGAGUGUUGGUGGAAGGUGGUACUUUGGCUGACCUCAAGCUAGAUCCAAGUAAAAUAUAG